UUCCACCGCCCGCUUCAACCGUCCCCAGAUUCUGACCAGCCGCAGGCAAAGAGUGGAGUUUAGACGAAGGAGAAGCCGAGAAGUGGAGGGGCUGGAGACAAAAGCGGCUUGCAUUUGUCUCAUGAUGGCUGCUGCUGCCCCCACUCUCACCUGCAGCGACGACAGAGACAGCGUCCCUUGCACUGCACCUAUGCCCCUCCCACCCCCGACUCCCCAAGGCUUGGUCCCCGGGCCUGAGGUGGUGCUCACCCCAGAGCGAGCCUGUGUGAGGAGGCUGGGGGGCGGCGGGAUCCUUCGGCGACCCCAGCAGGGGAAAGCACCACGUAGACAGGUUCGUUUCAGGCUGGGAUCCAAAUCUGAUGACAUCGGCCUGGCCCUCCCCGAUCCCCCGCAGCCUGGAACGGAGGCUGCCGUUCCUCCCAGGCGGGGAUCCAGGUCGGACGAUGUCAGGAUGGUCAGCCUCGAUCCCCCGAAGCCCAGAGUGGAGGUGGUCCACAGCAGUGCCGGAGAAUCUCCCAUCACCAUCACGCUGGAGAGAGAGCCCUCCCUGAGUCCUGCAGGGGAGGAGGAGGAAGACGAGGGAUCGCGUCAGCCCCGCAACCUGCUGGCCGGCCCCAUUCCCCACAGCACUCUUGCCCUGGUGGCAGAGGUCCAUGCCGUGCGGGAGAAAGGCUUCAAUGCCCGGCAGGCGGCUGAGCAACUGGUCCAGCGCUCUUUCGUUGCUCGUUGCACUGUGGAAGCCCGGGCCGGCGAGGGUAUGAACAUCCGCCGUGAGCAACAACUCUAUCAAGGCCUUGUCAGCCUGGAAGUGCCGGAAGUUGAACUGCUCAGCUCAGCCGUGCAAGAGAAACUCGCCCUCGUCCGGACGCGUCCUGAACCCAGGAAGGAGCUGGAUUGCACAGGCCCCAACCUCCUGGCCUUCUACGACCCGGAGCAGCUGUUCACAGAGAGCCCCUUCCUGGAGGUGGAGGGGCUGCCCCCCUUGAAGCUGCAACCUCGGACGCGGGACCCAGCCACCACUUUCUCCAUGUAUUGGAAGCUGCGCCAGUGGGACAGUUAAAGGGCCUUGGGUGAUGGGCCGGCUGCCGCCCACCCCCCCAAAAUUGGACUCAGACCGCCGUGUGGUGCAGGAUUAUUUAUUCAAACGGGACUCCCUUUUGCACCCCCUUCCCCAGACUUCGCUUUUCAUACAUAAAACUUAAUUGGAAGCACAUCUUCUCUCCAAUCUCCCAGUUAUUGAUCAACGGGGAGGCGUGUCUUUCCCUGAACGUCAACAGCCGCCGCCACCCUGAGCGGUCUUUAAA